UCACCCACAUAUUUUAGCAAUAAAUUAAGUAAAGUGUUUUUCGCUUUGAUUUGUUCGUUGAGUCGAGAAAGUUUAGAAAGAACCCGAACUUUUGUGUUGAUAAUUUCCUCGUUCGAUGCCUACGCCGGUUUCCACGGCCAGGCAAUGCUUAACUUCGGAGGCGGCCCACGCGCUCGACGAGGCGGUGUCCGUCGCGCGCCGGAGAGGCCACGCGCAGACCACUUCCCUCCACGCAAUCUCCGCCCUCCUCUCUCUCCCCAACUCCGCCCUACGCGAGGCCUGCGCGCGCGCCCGCAACGCCGCCUACUCGCCGCGGCUCCAGUUCAAGGCGCUGGAGCUCUGCCUGAGCGUCUCGCUCGACCGCGUCUCCUCGACCCAGCAAAGCGACGACCCGCCCGUCUCGAACUCGCUCAUGGCCGCCAUCAAGCGGUCCCAGGCCAACCAGAGACGGCAGCCGGAGAACUACCACCUCUACCACCAGCUCCAGCAGCAGCAGCCGUCCAUGUCCUGCGUUAAAGUGGAGCUCCAGCACCUGAUUCUCUCUAUUCUCGACGACCCGGUCGUCAGUCGGGUCUUCGGCGAAGCCGGUUUCCGGAGCUCCGAACUCAGACUCGCGGUUCUCCGCCCUUUUCCUCACCUCCUCAGAUACUCCCGCUCCCAGGGGCAUCCUCCUCCUCCUCCUCCCCUGUUUCUCUGCAAUCCGGACCCGGGUCCGGGUCCGGGCCGUCGCCGGCCCGUUUUCCCCUUCUCGGGUUUCCCCAACGGAGAUGAGAAUUGUCGGAGAAUUGGAGAAGUUCUAGGGAGGAAUAGAAAUCCCCUGCUUGUGGGUGUGUGUGCUUACGAUGCGCUUCACAUCUUCGUAGGCUCGUUAACUAAAGAUGGGAUUUUGCCGGUGGAGCUGUCCGGGCUGAGUUCAAUCUCGAUCGAAAAGGAGUUGUCCAAGUUCACAACGAUCCAUUGCGAUAGAGGGUGCUUGAAUUCGAGGCUGAGGGAGGUGGGGGAGUUGGCAGAGCAGUGUUUGGGACCUGGAAUUGUUUUGAAUAUUGGAGACUUGAACAUGUUUGUUGCUGAAGACUCUUUGGGUGACUCGGUGACCUAUGUGGUUGCUCAGUUGACGAGGUUGGUGGAGCUUCACCGUGGAAGACUCUGGUUGAUUGGCGCUACGGCUAGCUAUGGGACCUACUUGAAGCUUGUGGGCAUGUUUCCGACCGUCGAAAAAGACUGGGGCUUGCAGCUUCUCCCGAUCACUUCGCUUGGAGCUGAAUCAUAUCCAAGCUUGAUGGAGUCAUUUGUUCCAUUUGGUGGGUUCUUUUCGGCACCUUCUGACCCAAAGCUUCCAUUAAGCUGUUCAAAUCGGUGCCUUCCCCGCAAUCAUCAGUGCAAUGCUGUUCCAAAGGGAGGCUUUUCUGCUUCAGUGGCAGGUCAGCACCAAGCUAGCUUGCCUUCGUGGAUGCAGAUGGCUCCACUUGGCCCAAACAAGGGAUCGGAUAUGAAGACCAAAGACAAUGGAGUGCUAUCAAGUUCCAAAGUUACAGUUUUGCAAGGGAAAGGGGAUGAUAAUACUCAUGAAUCUCGCCCCCCGCCUUUAGCAAACUUGUUUCCAACUAUAGUGGGCUUUGAGUCUGCUGAAGACAAGAAGCACAAUCACAGCAACAAGACCAAUAUUUCUUCAAAUGAAAAUUCAUGCAUCCCCGUAGAUGUGCAAGAGAUAUCCACAUCUCAGUCCAGCGUUCCUCCGAAGGCUAAGAGUGAAAGUUUCUCCUCCGGAGUAUGGGAAAAACCUACAAAAGAUGAAGAUAUUGAAUCGGGUAGUGUUAAGUCCUCUUACAGUUUGUCCAAUUCAAGCAUUGUUGAGGGUAGCCGAACUUCUCCAACAUCUUCCGCUUCUGUGACAACAGAUUUAGGAUUAGGAAUUUGCUCUUCUCCUGCUAGUAAGUUGAACUUAAAUCUGGAUGAAGGACGUCAACAUGACAUAUCAGGUUUCUCGUCUUCUGAUGUAGAUUUAUUCAAUGGCAAUUCCUCUAUUUAUACUGCUCAGUCAUCAUUCUGCUCAAGUCCUGACAAACAUGGGCAGUUUGAUCCAAGUGAUGUCAAGAUGCUUUUCAGAGCCCUCUUUGAGAGAGUGGGCUGGCAAACUGAAGCUAUAAGUGCUAUUAGCCAACGAAUAGCUCGUUGCCACUCAAGAAGUGAACAUCGGACUGGAGCUAGGCACAGAAGGGGAAUGUGGUUCAACUUUGUUGGACCAGAUAGGUAUGGUAAAAAGAAAAUUGCUAGUGUGGUUGCUGAGGUAUUAUAUGGGAGCCAGAAACAAUUGAUCUGUGUGGAUCUGAAUUCUCAGGAUGGGAUGGUGCAUUCAGACACAAUGUUCGGUUGUCAAGUGUUGAAUGGUUAUGAUGCAAAGUGUAGAGGUAAGACAGUUGUUGAUUAUGUUGCUGGAGAACUGUGCAAGAAACCAUUGUCCGUUGUCCUCCUAGAAAAUGUAGACAAGGCUGAUGUUGUGGCUCAAAAUAGUUUGUCCCAGGCUGUUUUGACCGGUAAAUUUUCAGAUUCCCAUGGAAGACAAGUCAGCACAAGUAAUGCAAUGUUUAUUACAACUACAGAAAAGGACUGCAGCAUUCUCACUUCUAAAAAGGCACCUUCCAACUAUUCCGAGGAAAGAAUCUCACAAGCAAAAGGGUGGCCCUUGCAGAUUACAGUUGAAUGCGCGCUUGAAGGCAUUACUGUAAGCCAAAACUGGAGGACAUCCUCCAAUACAACUAAAGAAAGCAUCCCUCAUUUUCUGAACAAAAGGAAGCUGUCUGGUACAGAUGAACCUCUAGAGCUAGUCUCAGAGACAAGUAAACGGCCUAACAAAACGUCGACUAGGUAUCUGGAUCUCAACCUUCCAGCAGAAGAGAAUGCAGUGCAACGCCUAGAUGAUGAGACCUCCGAAAAUGACUGCUUCUCUGAAAACUCCAAUUCCUGGUUGCAAGAAUUCACCAAUCAGGUGGAUGAAACAGUGGUAUUCAAGCCGGUUGAUUUUGAUGCACGUGCUGAGAAAAUGUCAAAGGAGAUCAAAAACAGUUUCCACAAGCUUGUUGGUUCAGACUGUUUGCUAGAAAUCGACACACAGGUCGUAGAACAACUACUUGCAGCUGCAUAUUUGUCAGACAAGUACAGGGUGGUGGAAGAUUGGGUGGAGCAAGUGUUGAGCAGAGGAUUUGCAGAGGUUCAGAAGAGACAUAACCUCAAUGCUCGUACUACUGUAAAACUUAAACCUUGUGAGGGCAUCUGCUUGGAGGAGGAGUCAUCACCGGAAAAUUACCUCCUACCUAAAAUCAUACUAAAGUGAGUAGGCAUUUGCUUAGAAAAGUAUCUAUCCUUGUAUAUUAGAUGUAUAAGGUAGCUUACUAGCUUGUAGCUUGUAACUUGUAGCAAGGUAGUAAACCCUUGUUUAGCUCUUUUGUUUGCCCUUUCCGGGGGACCCUUGGUCCGAACUUAUCGUCUUAAUCCCCACGGUUGUAAUAGGGUUUUGCUUGUGCAUGGUACAUAAUCUGCAGCAAGUGUGUACGUGUGAAUGUGAAUGUGAAUGUGAAUGUGAAUGUGAAUUCAAUCUAA